AUGUCUUCCAAGGAUCCACAAAGCAAUAUUCCUGCUUCCAGCAGGGGCUCUUGGUCGAGCUUCCUCAAGUCUAUUGCCUCUUUCUCUGGAGAUCUUUCCUCGUUGACUGCUCCACCGUUCAUCCUCUCCUCCACUUCCUUGACGGAAUACUCUGCGUAUUGGGCCGAGCAUCCGGCUUUGUUCGUCGCCCCGGCAAAAGAGGCUGACCCUGAGAAGAGGGCCCUUGCCGUUCUCAAGUGGUUUUUGAGCACCCUUCGCCAGCAGUACUGCAGUCGCAGCGAGAAGUUGGGUAGCGAGAAAAAGCCGCUGAACCCGUUCCUGGGAGAACUCUUCCUUGGAAAGUGGGACUCUGAUUCCGAUGUGGGUGAGACGAAGUUAUACAGUGAGCAAGUUAGCCACCACCCUCCGGUUACCGCCUACGCAAUUUCAAACGACAAGCACGGGGUCGAGUUGCAAGGGUACAAUGCGCAAAAGGCUUCAUUCUCUAGCACCAUUCAGGUGAAGCAGCUGGGACAUGCGCUGCUCUCGGUCACCCCACCGGGGGCGGACAAGAACGAUCCGUCUCAGCAAGAGAAAUUCUUGAUAACUCUACCCACUCUGCACAUUGAAUCCCUGAUUUACGGUACUCCGUUCGUCGAACUGGAGAAGUCUACAAAGAUUGCCAGCAGCAGCGGUUACAUCGCGAAGAUCGACUACUCCGGCAAGGGGUGGUUGAGUGGCAAGAAGAAUACUUUCACUGCCAGCUUGUACAAGGAGAGUGAGGGAGAGAAGAAGCCCUUGUACACCAUCGAUGGGCAAUGGUCUGAUUCGUUUACCAUCAAGAACGCCCGCACCAAGGAGGAAGUAGAAAGGUACGUAGUGCACGACAACAAGACCACGCCUUUGCAAUUGGCACCGCUCGAGGAGCAGAGCAUCUUCGAGAGUCGGCGUUCAUGGCAGCAUGUCGCAGCCUCUAUUGAGAAAGGCGACAUGGACGCGACAUCCGCGCACAAAUCUCGAAUCGAAAAUGCGCAGCGUGAGAUGCGCAAGAUUGAAAAGGCCGAGGGCCGUGAAUGGGAGCGACGGUUCUUCAACCGUGUCGACGAGAAGGGUGACGAGACCUUCCUACGACUUGCCAAGAUGCUCCAGAUCACUGGAAGCCUUGACACCGACAAGACUAACGGAAUCUGGCGAUUUGAUCGGGAACAGGCGGCCACUGCCCAGCCACCGUACCACAAUGCUGGCGGCGAAGCGCUCGGGAUAACCCAGUGA